GAUGUAACCGAGCAAAUAUAUUUUAUUUAUAUAUAUAAGUCGCUGUUGUUGUUUGUGUUAAAAAGCUACAGAUGAUAACCAUAUCCAUGUACUAGCUGGGUAAUUCGCUGGAUGAGUGUUUUCUUCCCAGCAGAAAUGGCAGACGAGGCUCUUUUUCAGUUCCUCCAUAAUGAACUUAUACAGUAUGUCAACAACGCAGAAAGCGGAGAAAAUGAAAACGGACGGUGUGUUUCUAAGCUUGAGAACAUGGGAUUUCGUGUGGGACAAGGUCUCAUUGAAAGGUUCACCAAAGACACAGCACGUUUCAAAGAUGAGCUCGACGUCAUGAAAUUCAUCUGCAAAGAUUUCUGGACCUGUGUGUUUAAGAAGCAGAUUGAUAAUCUGAGAACAAACCACCAAGGCAUUUACGUCCUACAGGAUAACAAGUUUCGGUUAUUGAACCAACUGUCUGCUGGUAAACAGUAUCUGGAACAUGCACCAAAGUAUUUGGCGUUUACCUGCGGUCUGGUGAGAGGAGGGCUCUACAACCUCGGUGUAAAGAGCAUCGUCACAGCUGAGGUGUCCGUCAUGCCUGCUUGUAAAUUCCAGGUGAUGAUCCAGAAGAUGUAAAACACUGAACAUAAGAACAAAUUCCUUAUAAUAUAUACACAUCAGUCAUCGUUUUGUUGACUUUUGAUUUUAUUGUACUAUUUUUUUUUUUUUUCUAUUGAAGCUUGUCAUUGGUUCCUUGCAUGCAAUUUACAUCAUGCUAAGGUCAAGCCUUGUUGUAAUGUGUUCAUUUGUACCAUAACCCUGAUUUAUUACUAGUUUUACACCUUAUGUUCUAAAACAAAUUUGCACAAGUUAUCAUUAAAAUGUGUUGAGUUGGA